AUGGUAGCCAGAGAUUGUUAUGCCAUUUUGGGUGUUAAAUCUACAGCAACAGAUGAUGAAAUUAAAAAAGCCUAUCGAAAAAAAGCUCUUCAAUAUCAUCCAGAUAAAAAUUCGUCUACAACAGCUGAAGAAACAUUUAAAGAAAUAAGUAAAGCAUAUGAAACAUUGAGUGAUGUAGAUAAACGUCGAAUAUAUGAUUUACAACAACAAAAAUCUUCAACAACAACAACAACAACAAAAUCUGCUCCACAUCAACAUAAACAAGAAACAUCAUUUAAAACAUCAUUUCAUGCACCCGGUCAACCACAUUUUACAUUUAAUACAUCAACAACAAAUGAUGGUUCAACAUCUUCACGUUCAGCACGUUUUCGUUUUAAUCGCAUGGGUCAAGAUUCAUUUACAAAUUUUCAUCAACGAAAUCCACAUUUUACAAAUACAUUUUUUGAUCCAUUUCGUAGACGUUUUCGUUCGCCAGGUUUUUCUUUUUUUGAUUCAACAAAUAGUCAUAUUUCAUCAGAUAAUGAUGAUGACGAUGAUGGAAUUGGUGAUGAUGAUGAUGUUGAACAUGAUCGACAAAAUUCAACUUUAGGAUCAGAUGAUCUUGAUUUUGAUUCAGCACCACCAACACAUCGUUCUAGUCAAACACGUUUUGCAACAAGAUCUCGACCAAAAUGGAAUAAUAAUUGGCCAUUUGAAAAUGAUGAUGAUAAUAAAUCAUCGACAUCAUCAGAAUAUAAAUUUCCAUCAACAUUUCAACAACGUUCAAGUAUAGAUAAUCCAUUUAUGAUGUUUGAAAUGUUAACACGUGUUGUAUUUGAUAAAUUUUUUAAUGAUGAUCUUUUUUGGCAUAAUAUGGAUUUAAAUGAUUCAUUGAAUAAUAAUAAUUCUCAAGAUAUACAUUUUCCAAAUUUAAAUCCACGACAAACUUCACGUCCAACAUCAAGUCGUUUACGUAGUGCCUCACAACAAAGACCACCAACAAUAAAUCGUACACGAAUACAUGUUAAUCAUGUACCAUCAUCAUCAUCUAAACAAGCUAAUGACAUGCAUUUUGAAUGGUUAGGACAUCAUCCAAGACAAAAACGAACAACGUCAUCAUCACGUUUUGAUUAUAAAGAUAGUGAUGAAGAAAAUAUGGAAGAAAAUUAUGUUUAUCAACAAGCAAAACCAACAACAAUAAAUGCUCAUCGUUUAAGAAGACGUGCAAUGAAUAAUAAUAAUAAUAAUGAACAAAAAAUUCAAGCAUGUCAAUAUUGUUUUCAGCCAUUAACAUCAAUUGAAAAUCGUUUACAACAUGAAGCUAUAUGUCGACAUCGUCCAAAUAGAUCAACAACAACUAAUUUUCGAAAUCGAACUCAUCCACCACCACCACCAUCAGCAACAGUAACAACAAAUACGAAUGAAGAUAAAUUAUUUACAUCAAAAUGUUCAUACUGUCAUCAAGAUGUUCGUUUAACAGAUCGUCUUGAUCAUGAAGCACUUUGUAAACAAUUUGGAAUAAAACAACAGACAACAAGCAAUAGUAGUACAAAACGUUUUAAUAAUUCAACAUCGAAUACAUUUAAUGUUGAUAGUCAAUCUACUUCAAAAACACCGUCCGAUAGUUUAUCAAGUGGCAUUGAACAAUUACGAACAUGUACUCGUUGUCAUCGAAUAUUUCCUGUUUUAUCUGAUUUAUUUAAUCAUAUGUGUGAUGAUGAAGAUGACUUACUUCAAACAACAUCAAUAUCUUCUUCAGACAAACGUCCCAGUGAUACUUUAUUUAAUAAUAAUAAUAAUCAUAAUAAAACAACAUUAAAUAGUAGUUCUUUAUACGAUAAAAAGCCUUCACCAAAUCAGAGUUCAUCACCAUCAUCAAAGUCUUUCAAACUCAGUCGUCAUUCAUCAUUCAAUGAUUCCUCAGGGCCUUCAUUACGUUCAAAAAAAUUAUUUUCUUCAAAAUCACCAUCAUCAUCACCAACAUUAAAACAACAUACAAAUACAACAUCGACACAUACAUCACCAGUCAAUCGUUCAAAUAAUAAUAAAUCAUCAUUAGACACAGCGCACAUUCCUCUUUUUAAACGACCUUUAUUACGAGCAGAUUCAACCAAUAUACGUCAUAUGUCGUCAUCACCAUCUCCACGACCAUUAUUUAAUGAUAGACAACAACAUUUAUCAAGUGCUUAUGUUUAUCUUCGAAACCCAUCAUCACCAAUGCGUGUCGUCUCUUGA